GAUUGAGUUAACAACUAUUUGACUGAGUUAGCAACUAUUUGACUGAGUUAACAAUGAUGUGACUGAAGCCUGAAGCGUGUUGGAUUGAUUGCAAUCUUCAGAGAUGGCGAGAAGACGAUUGCAAGAAGAGAAGGAAGCUGAACGUGCGCUGCUCGAAGAAGAGAUGCGGCGCAUUGCGCACGAGGAGAAGUGCAAAGCUGAGGAGAGAGCCAAGACGAUGGCCGCUUUGCAGUCCGACAUCGUUGCGCAGAUAAACCAGAAGCGUACCUGGAAGGUACUUCAGAAGAAGGCUGCAACGGAGGAGUUUGAACGUUGUCAGAUGGCUGAGAAAGAGUACGUGAGACUUGCAAGAGAAUUCACAAUUGAUUGUCCGCCAGAGCCGAACUAUGGAAGGAAGACCACUCAAUGGUAUACGUGAUUGCUUGAUUGAUUGGUUGACCGACCAGCUGAAUGCUUCUUCACAGGGGCCAUGCUAAUCUUCUCGGUAUCGUUCCAAUUUUAACGGAUAUCCCGAAGGACAGCUCUGGGGUUAUUCUGAUAUUUCAAGACUCUGAGUUUAACAAACAGUGUAAAUACUG